AUGGGCAGUGAAGAGGAGAAGAAGUUCGUGGUGGAUUUGGAGCAGCCCGGGAUUGGUGAUGGUGUCAAGUAUGACAUCAAGAUCCCCAAGGAAAUCCUCGAGAAGCUGUGGGUCGACCCCGACUUUCCUCUGAACUACAAAUCCAUAGGCAUCACGAAGGAGCAGGCCCUGAGCGUUGCGGGGCGCCUUACCAACUAUGCCUGGUGCCCGAUUUCUUAUUCCCAUCCCGGCACGCCACUCUUCCCGGAGGAUGGCGUCAUUGAUCCUGCGAGUUUGAUGCAGGGGGCUUUAGGUGACUGUUGGCUCAUCUCGGCCAUCUCGACCAUGGCGGAGUAUCCGGAGUCUUUGAAGAAACUCUUCUUGACAAAGGAGCACAACGAGAUUGGGCAAUACGUCGUGCGCUUGUGGAGUGAAGGAUUGGUCCAGUGGGUAGAUGUGAAAGUGGACUCCUACGUUCCCAUCGACUUAGGGGGAGGUCUGGCUUACGAAGGGAAGCCGCUGAUCUACGUGAAUCCAACCGAUGAUGCUUGCUGGAUGUGCAUCCUGGAGAAGGCAUUUGCCAAGUUCUUCGGGAACUACAUGCAGCUGAACGGUAACAUGGUGAGCGCCGGUUGGAAGAUCAUGACAGGGGCUUCGGACCGAGACAUCGACUGCUGGCAAUUGCGCGGCAAUGGCACCUUCGCUAGGAGGAAGAGCCCUUAUGACAUCCAAGAUCUGGACGUCCGUUGGGGUGAGAAGGACGAGGACGUACACGAAAAGGAAGAGCUGCAGCCUGAAGAGUUCUUCAAGGUGCUCCAGGAGUUUGAUGACAAGAAGUACCUUAUGUGCAGUGGCAUCGUCGCCAAGAAGAAUCCCAACCUCAAGGAUGCGGAUUAUGAUGACGAAGAGCAGGAAGGUGAGAUCGGAAAUGGUCUGGUCACAAAGCAUGCCUACGGUGUCUUGGGAUGCUAUGAGGGCCAUGGCUUCCAGUUAGUGCGGGUUCGGAACCCCUGGGGGAAGAAGCAGGAGUAUACGGGAGAUUGGUGCGAUGCUUCUGACAAGUGGAAGGAGAAUCCUGAAGUGGCCAAGGAGUUGGACUUCAAACCGCGGGUGGACGGAAUCUUUUGGAUGACGAUCAAAGACUUCUGUUACUACUUUACGCUUGUGCAGGUUCUGAAGGUCAGCCAGCCCGGCUCUCGAGCAGCCGACACGCCCUACGACGAGGAGAGGGCUCCAGAGAAAGCUCUACAGGAGAGGGCCAAGAAGGUGAAGGCUGCCCGAGAAAAAGCCAAACGCAUCAGGCAGGAGAUCUACGACAACGGUGGAUGGUAUACCGAUGAGGCUGAAAGCUGGCGAGGUGGGAAGCAGCCUGGCAUCCGAGUUUUCGAGGAUCCCGAGCUCUUUCCGAUGGUGACAAAGUCUUACAUGGAGCUUUGGGAGAUUCCGGAAAAUAUUGCCAAGGACUUUGCAGAGCACGCCAAGACCAAGCUCCCACCGAAGAUGUUGAGAUUCUUGGCCGACCGGAAGAAGGAACAGAGCAAGCCCAGGAGCGAACCCGAAUGGAUGAAGUCCCAAUGCAAAAGCUUGCCUCCUGGAGAGGGAGCCACUGGAAGCCCCGGUGGGGACGAGCCGAAAGAUGACUCAAGCCCAACGGCCGCCGGCAGUGGCCUUGGCGCCGUCCGAGCCCUCCAAAGGGAGGCCCAGGAAGAGUCUUCCCACAUGAUGCACGGCGGAAUUCCCGGCAUGGGCCUGGCUGGGCUGCGUGGCGGAAUGAUGGCACCCCAACAGGAAUCCUCCCUCUCUUUUGGCCCCACAGACGAGCAGCGGGCUGCAAUCCUUGCUGAGAUGGAGGCAGCCCAUCAAAAGAAUCUGGCUGAGGUGGAAGCCGCGAAAAAGGCCAGAGCCGAAAGCGAGCCGAGCCGUGGACCGCUGAGCGACAAGGAGAAGGCAGAGAUCUUAGGCCGGGACGACCUCACCCAGCAACAAAAGUGGGAUCUGAUAGGGGUUUGA